CCUGCUCAUUGAUUAGAGAAGCAUGUUGUUGCUCGUUAAAGGCGCUGCAGAUGAGUUUAUUAGCUCCGUGAACAAUGCCAUUUAUUGUUGAUAUGAAGCUUAUACCAACGCAUGAGAAUAAUAAAUGCACCAACGAAUAUCAAUGUAAGUUUGUCGCUGCAAUUUAGUAUCAGGUGAACAGAUCAUUGUUUGUUUUAUUCGGAGUGUGUUAAAGUAGCAAGUAUAAUUUGCUGUCUGAGCAAGUAUAAGGCAGCGACUUGUAAACUAAUUUCCCUUCCCCGUCUAAAGCGAAAACUCACUUUGAAGAGAUGGUUCAUUUAUCAAGAAGUACCUAGAGGGGACGUUUUGGGAGGGGCGUGGACGUGAUCUUCCUCUGCACCGACAGAGGUUGGAAGCUCUUAAAAACCAAUAAAAGAACACUCUUAUUUGUUCCUGAGACGCCGGAACGAGGGUCAUAAACGCAUCCCUUUGAAGCGGCGCCGAAGAAGCCGCGAGUCUCCACCUCCCGACCCGCAGCCAGUGUUGAUGCGCUGGGGAACACAGAGGCCUCCCGCACCACGGCGGGUAUACUCGCUGGCAAACUGGGCAGCCCAGCAGAGUAGCAGCGAGCCCGCGAAGAAUUCGCACGGUUCCCGGUGUCUCUGCAAGUGGUGCUUCUAACGAGGACACUUUUGUACAAAGCAAAGAGGGUGGGGCGAGUUCUUAAACCCCUUACAUCAUACAGAGAAAGUUUCUCGAAACGUUUCUUUUGAACAUCCGCACAGUCUUAUCUCAACGAACUCGCGCGGACUGGAAAGAGAUCAUCGCAGUAAACAAGCUGAGAGUCAGCCUGCGAAAGGGGGCAUUCUCGCGUCCUCUUGGGUGCCUGCUAGCCUCACACGCCGAUGCGAACUAAACUUGCUCUUCACGAGUCUGUCUCAAGGCGGUUCAAAGCGGGGCCUUGAUUCGAGAACUGAAUCAGUUGGGCGGACAGAGUUUCAGCGGAGUUUGUGGUGUGUGUCCGAAGGGAAAUGGUGGCUUUACACCUCCUGAAAGCAGCCUUCUCUUACCUGGUACUGACACUAUUCUUUCCUGAACUGUAUGAUGCUUCAUCUCUACACUACUCAGAGGGAGCGCUCAACAAACCCAUUGAGAAGAUCCUUGGGAAGUUUAGCAAAGAUUUUCAAUGUCACCAUAUGUUAAAGCACCUGUACAAUGGAGCUAGGAUCACUGUACAAAUGCCACCCCAAGUGGAGAGCCACUGGGUCUCCACAAGCUGUGAGGUAAGACCUGGCCCAGAAUUCAUUACCAGAUCCUAUAGAUUUUACUCCAAUAAUACCUUCAAAGCUUAUCAGUUUAAUUACGGAGACAAUCACUGUACGCAACCAACCUACACACUGGUGAUCAUGGGAAAUCUCCGACUGCGCCAGGCUUCCUGGAUCAUUCGAGGGGCAACUGAAGCAGACUAUCAACUCCACAGGGUCCAGGUCAUCUGCCACAGUAAGCAGAAGGCAGAGGAACUGAGCCACAGGUUGAACAGGUCGUGCCCGGGUUUCUUGCCAGGACAGAAGACAUGGGAGCCCAACGUGCGAUAUGACCUGGAGGGUGAGGAAGGUGGCUGCGAUUGUUUCCGAGCUCUGAAUUUUGCCAUGCAUGAACUGCAGCUCCUUCGGGUGGAAAAGCAACACCUCCACCACAAUCCCGAGCAAGUGGUGCAAGAGUUGUUCCUGGGGGACAUCCACACUAACUGGUCGCAGAGGAUGUACAGCCGACCCUCCAGCUACCAGCCCCCACUGCAGGACGCUAAGAACCAUGACCAUACCUGUGUGGCCUGUCGCAUAAUUUACCAAUCCAAUGAGUUUCACCCUCCUAUUUUACCCCCGAAGGCAGACCUGCCUGUGGGACUACAUGGCCACUGGGUGAGUCAACGUUGUGAGGUGCGGCCUGAGGUGCUCUUUCUCACCCGUCACUUCAUAUUUCAUGACAACAACAACACAUGGGAAGGACAUUACUAUCAUUUCUCAGACCCGGUGUGCAAGCACCCAACUUUCACCAUCUAUGCCAGAGGCCGAUACAGCCAUGGAAUUCCAUCUACAAAAGUAAUGGGAGGAACAGAAUUUGUGUUUAAAGUGAACCACAUGAAGGUGACUCCAAUGGAUGCAGCUACUGUGUCACUCUUGAACGUUUUUAGUGGCAAUGCAUGUGGGGCUGAGGGAUCAUGGCACAUUGGAGUAGAGCAAGACGUUACGCACACCAAUGGCUGUGUGGCCCUGGGGAUAGGUCUUCCCCAUACAGAAUACGAACUCUUUAAGAUGGAACAGGAUACUAAAGGUCGAUACCUGCUCUUCAAUGGACAGAGACCUAGUGAUGGAUCCAGUCCAGACAGACCAGAAAGAAGGGCUACAUCUUAUCAAGCUCCUUUAAUCCAGUGUGCUGUAUCUGUAGAUGGAUUGGAUGGGUCAUUGGAAGGUAGCAAUCAAAGCAGACAGUCCAACAAUGGAUCAGUGAGAUAUCACCAUUCUACAGGUGCAGUAGUUGUACUGUUUAUUUGCAUGGUUAUGCACAUCUUCAGCUAAGCACAGUCUAUGACCAAUGGAAAACUCAGUAAAUAGAGUUUUUUUCUUCAUUCAGACAGUUUAUUUACUUGGCACAUUUUAAUGGCUGGCUAAAUACUGUUCCUCUGGCGAAGGUGUCAGUAUGAACUUUCCACUUUGAACUCCCUCCAGUCAAUUGCAGGCAUGGAACGAGUAGCAUCUACUGCACACAGUAACAGCACUUUAUUAUGAUGGAAGAUUUUAUCCAGCUCGCACUGUAAAAAAUGUACAUAGUUUGCCAAGUAACAUCAUCUGCGGCAUUCUCCUCCUGGUGACUGUGUCUUGGGUAACUCUGGAAGGUAAUUUUAAAUAGAAAAUUGAGAAAUUACUUGUAUAUUUAAAAUCAGAAGUUUCAACAUGCAAACUCUAGAGCUGUAAAAACAAAUGAUGGCCAAGAAAAAAAGAAACUUGUUAAGUAUGGUAGUUUUGAAAAUACUACCUCCUCAUUUUAUUUUUGCUUAUAAGGAUACAAGUAAAAAUUGUCCAAUUUCUAUGAAAAUAGUAAUGUUUCUGCUCUGGAUGUUGUGUGGCACUUGAAUUCAGUUGCUUUAUUGAAAAUCUAGAUGUAGGUUUGGCAUUAUUUAUAUUCUAAGGCAACAGAUGUUUCUACUAGUGUAUUCUUAACCUCUUGCAUAAUUAAUUUUUUGUAAAUGCUUAAUGUAUAUUCUAAAAUCACAUUUUUCAAAAGUGCAUUUGGGCAAUAAGAUUAUAACUAAAUCAUUAUAAUGUGGUUUAAACAUGUUCUGAUUUACACAGUUGUCUGUUUAUUAUUCCCUUAUAUAAAAAGCUUCAAAUUAAAUCAAGGUACUUGAAAAUUGUUCUUAAAUGCACACAGUAUCAUGUUGGGAGAAAACACCUACUUAUUUUAAAAGAUGCAUUAUGGCCUCAGUGUUAAUCCAAUGAAAUACUAAAUAAUGUAAUGCCAUGAAUUAUUUCAAGUUUUAGAAGCAGCUAGUGGGCUCUUUGUAGGAGUGAAUA